GCCAAUCGCCAGCAAUGACGCGAAGAAUAUUAAGAAUUACUUGUUCGAAGUAGGUGGAAGUUAUCGAUGUGACUUCUGCAGCCUUCACCUCUAUAAAGUUGUCAUUACGAAGGCCAGAUAAGAUUUUGUUCGACGUUAUGAUUAGUUGCCGACAACUUUAACGAACAAGCCAUAUAGGAAAUAAUUACAUUGACAUAGCUAGCUAACUAACUAAGAGGUAGAGAAGGACAUUUACAACGACGAUGAUAGCCUCUCAUCUUCUGGCUUACUACUUCACGGAGCUCCACCAUGACAAAGUUCAACAAGUGGAUAAAUACCUGUACCACCUGCGGUUAUCAGACGAGAACCUGAUGGACGUGUCGGUGAGAUUCCGACGGGAGAUGGACAAGGGUCUGGGCCGUGACUCCAGCCCCACGGCCGCUGUCAAGAUGCUGCCCACGUUUGUGCGUUCCACCCCUGAUGGGACAGAAAAGGGAGACUUCCUGGCUCUAGAUCUGGGUGGGACAAACUUCCGGGUCCUGCUGGUGAAAGUGUCUGACAAUGGGAAGCAGAAGGUGGAGAUGGAGAACCAGAUCUAUGCUAUUCCUGAGGAGCUGAUGAGGGGCAGCGGAUCAGAGCUCUUCGACCACAUUGCUGAGUGUCUAGCUAACUUCCUGGAAAAGCUGGGAAUAAAGAAUCAGAAGCUUCCUCUGGGCUUUACCUUCUCCUUCCCCUGCCAGCAAACCAAACUGGAUGAGAGUAUUCUGGUGUCAUGGACCAAGGGCUUCAAGUCACACGGGGUGGAAGGGAGAGACGUGGUCAGCCUUCUGAGGAAAGCCAUCAAAAAGAGAGGGGACUUUGACAUUGACAUUGUGGCUGUAAUCAACGACACUGUGGGCACAAUGAUGACCUGUGGAUACGACGACCAUCACUGUGAAAUAGGCCUCAUUGUCGGUACCGGCACUAACGCCUGCUACAUGGAGGAGAUGCGUCACCUAGAACUGGUGGAGGGGGACGAGGGGAGGAUGUGUGUCAACAUGGAGUGGGGGGCAUUCGGUGACGACGGCGCUCUGGAUGACCUCCGUACAGACUUCGACCGGGAGAUCGACGCCGGCUCUCUCAACCCCGGCAAACAGCUGUUUGAGAAGAUGAUCAGUGGGAUGUACAUGGGGGAGCUGGUGCGUCUGAUCCUGGUGAAGAUGGCCAAGGAGGACCUGGCGUUCAAGGGUCACACCACUCCUGACCUCCUCACCACUGGACACUUCCAGACCAGCUUCGUAUCCGCCAUCGAAAACGACAAAGACCAGGAGGGUCUGGUGAGUGCGGAGAAGGUGCUGAGGGGGCUGGGCCUGGACCCCUCUGGGGAGGACUGCGUGGCCACUCAGAGGGUGUGUCAGGUGGUGUCGACACGGGCCGCCCACCUGUGUGCUGCCACGCUAGUCUCUGUUUUGAGACAGAUCAGAGACAACAAGGCUGCGGAGAGGCUGAGGACAACCAUAGGAGUGGACGGCUCUGUCUACAAGAACCACCCACAGUUUGCGCGGCGGCUCCACAAGAUGGUACGGCGUCUGGUGCCGGACUGCGACGUGCGUUUCCUGCGCUCAGAGGACGGCAGCGGGAAGGGGGCGGCCAUGGUGACGGCGGUGGCCUACCGGCUGGCUACCCAACAUGCUGAGCGGCAGCGUGUUCUGGACGACCUGCGUCUGAGCCGGGAGCAGCUGCUGGAGGUGAAGAGGAGGAUGGGAGAGGAGAUUAAAAGGGGCCUGGCCAAGGAGAGUCAUGACCAGGCCACCGUCAAGAUGCUGCCCACCUACGUCCGCUCCACACCCGACGGAACAGAGCACGGUGACUUUUUGGCCCUUGACCUGGGUGGGACCAACUUCCGAGUUCUGCUGGUUCGCGUGCGGGGCGGGAAGAGACGCAGCGUGGAGAUGCACAACAAGAUCUACGCCAUCCCCCAGGAGGCUAUGCAGGGCACUGGAGAGGAGCUGUUUGACCACAUAGUGCACUGCAUCGCUGACUUCCUGGAGUACAUGGGUAUGAAAGGAGCUUCCUUGCCCCUCGGCUUCACCUUCUCCUUCCCCUGCCAUCAGAAUAAACUGGACCAGGGUAUCUUGCUAAAGUGGACCAAGGGUUUCAAAGCUACCGGCUGCGAGGGAGAGGAUGUUGUGUCUCUACUGAAGGAUGCUAUCCACCGCAGAGAGGAGUUUGACCUGGACGUGGUUGCCGUGGUUAAUGACACUGUGGGCACCAUGAUGACCUGUGGCUACGAAGAUCCACUGUGUGAGGUGGGCCUCAUCGUAGGUACUGGCACCAAUGCCUGCUACAUGGAGGAAAUGCAGAAUGUGGAGCUGGUGGAGGGGGACGAGGGGAGGAUGUGUGUUAACAUGGAGUGGGGGGCCUUUGGGGACCACGGGGAGCUGGACGACUUCAGCACAGAAUUCGACAGAGCCGUGGACGACUGUGCCACCAACCCUGGCAAACAGAGGUAUGAGAAGAUGAUCAGUGGGAUGUACCUUGGGGAGAUAGUGAGGAACAUACUGCUGGAGUUCACUGCAAAGGGACUUCUGUUCCGAGGCAAACUCUCUGAGAGGCUCAAGACCAGAGGCAUCUUUGAAACCAAGUUCCUCUCCCAGAUCGAGAGUGACCGUCUGGCCCUGAGGCAGGUGCGCUCCAUCCUGCAGCACCUGGGUCUGACCAGUUCUACGUGUGACGACAGUAUCCUGGUGAAGGAGGUGUGCAGCGUGGUGGCUCGUCGCGCUGCCCAACUCUGUGGUGCCGGCCUGGCCGCUGUGGUCGAUAAGAUCCGGCAGAACCGCAACCUCUCCGAGCUCAAAAUCACAGUGGGUGUCGAUGGAACGCUCUACAAACUACAUCCACACUUCUCCAGCAUCAUGCAUGAGACGGUCAGGGACCUGGCGCCUCAGUGCGAGGUCACUUUCCUCCAAUCAGAGGAUGGAAGUGGAAAGGGGGCGGCUCUCAUCACGGCGGUGGCCUGUCGCAUCCGAGACGCCGGACAGCGCUGAGCGAGGGGCUCUGGGGACACCGAGAACAAGGGUUACGUCCCAAUUGGCACCCUAUUUCCUAAAUGGUGCACUACCUUUGACCAGUGUCCUAUGCUCAAAAGUAGUGUACUGAAUAGGGGGCAUUUGGGACACAGCCAUGGGCGGGGUCACAACAGGGACAGCACAGGAUGACGAAGGGAUACUGGAAAAGGAGCACAACAGACUUCUUACUUUGAGAUUUGCUGUGCCUCAUCGCAACUGUUAAUCAAAAGGAUCUGUUAAUCAAAAGUAGUGAUGUUCACAACAGCCUGCGUUGUUUUUUUACAGUUUUUUGAUUCUGGUGUGUGUUUGUAAUAGAAAGUACUUGGCCGGUGGGCCACAUUGAAAAGGGACUUGCAGAGAAUUAAAUAUUUUUGUUAUGAAUAUGUUUGUUUCCUAACAGAAGGGAUUCUGUUUUCUUAUGUGAAAUGUGACAGUGAUAUUGAUGACCUUAGCUGUGUUCGAUUAUUCAUACUAACCACACUAACCAUACUUUUUGUGACAUAAAUUGAGUAUGUAGUAUGCUUAUUGGUCAUAGUAUGGAAGGAGUUAUUAUGCCAAAAGUUCCCAGAUGUCGUACUAAAUUCGCCAAAAUAGAAUGUAUACAAGCAGUGAACACUUUCCUUGCUUUUAGGGUCCCAUAAUGCAAUUAUUCAGAAAAUGUGCAUGGCUUCACAAAGUUUUCAGAUUUGAAGAGAAUGGUGGAAAAUAUGCAGCCGAAGACGGACGAGAGCAGAUACAAAUUCAUUGCUUUAACUAAUGAUGACAAAUGUUAAAAUGUUGAUCAAUGUAAUAAAGUCAUGGCUUUUCAAACAAGUUAUAUAAGUUUAUCUUAGCCAGGUCGCAGUUGCAAAUGAGAACUUGUUCUCAACUAGCCUACCUGGUUAAAUAAAGGUGAAAUAAAAUAAAAAUAUAUGUUGGCUGACGAUUUGUUAGCCACGCUAUCCUUACAAACCGCACAGCAUUACAGCAGUACUGGUAUGUUAGCUAGUUACCUAACAUUGGCUACAAAUACAUCGAACUUGCCAGGCAGUAUAUUAACUAUAUGCUAUCUAUCUACCCAACAUUAUUGACUUGGUUAUUCACAUCAUUUUUAGCUAAGUAGUAUAGUCAUUGUUAAUUCUGGCUAUCUACUCUGAUUUCAGAGCACUCUCCUCUGAGUGUACCAGAGCACAGAAUAACAGAUGGAUUUUACGAAUGCUCAACACCCGUUGAAUAUGGCCGGUGUCAGUAAACGUCGGCAAAAAAAAGCGUAAUUAAAUUAUUGCCAGCAGCACAGUUGGAGUCACCAACACUCUAGAUAACAUGAAAACAGCCUAACCAACUCGGCUAGGAUGAGUAAAAUGGUCAGUGAGGUGGUCUCAUUUGUGUUCGGGAAGUAGUUAGCCAGUUAGCUUGGGUGCUUGAUUGCCGUUGUGAGGUCCGAACGCUCGGAUCAACUCUACUCCUUGAAUGCUCCGAGAUCGAAACGCUCAGAAUUUACAAACAGACAAUGGACAAUCUGACAACAAAUUGAAUUUACGAACACACCCGAAAUCGUAAAAUGUCUAGCUAGUUAUUUGUUAUGCUAGCAAGAGGUUGCAUAGCAACAGCAUCAAUUUCAGGUAGACAGGCGAAGCACUAGUACGCUCAACUAAAAGGAUACCGUUUGUUUACAGUAUACUAAAAUUAACUAGUGGUGUGUGUGUAUAUACUCAUUAAAUAUAUAGUAUGUUGGUAUGGUUAUUCGAACACAGCUCAUGUCUUCAGAAUGGUGACUGCUGUACUAGGAAUGAAACCACACCUGGGUUCAGAAUCUGAUAUAUUUGAAAUACUUUAGAGCAUUCGCUCUAUUCUACCUGGAGUGCCAGGCGGGUUAAGUUGGGACUUUUCUAUUGGGUCCAUUGCAACAGGUAAGCUCAGUCAAGCACAGCUAAAGUAUUUUAACAGAUUUCCAAUAGUACUUCAACCCAUAACAGAAUAUGUACCAAGUCCAUUAAUGCCUAGAACACUCUGUUAGAACUAGAACGGUACAUAAAUGUAUUUAAGAAAUGUGUUGUGUUUCAUAAAAUGUCUAACUAAUGAAUAGUUGGAGUCUAGAAGUGAGGCUAAAUUGUGAAUUCAAAGGUUUGUCUGCAGGUGAAAUAGAAAUUAAAUAAUGAUUGUCCAUGGCUCUAAUCUAAAUUUCUUUCUGCUUUUCCUAGCAUUAUACAGUAUCUUUUUGCCAUAUCAACUGUAUUGGAGGAGAAGAUGGACCUGAGGGGACCUUUGACUUUUUGAGAAGGAGUCGAGAGAGGAUGCGAGGAACGGAGGAAAGGGGAAUAGAGAAAGUGUACAUGGAAGAUUUCCAAUUGGUUUAACGACUGUUCGCAUCCUCCUCACCUCCUUUUGAAAAAGGACAAAGGUAAGUAAGAAAGGGUAACUUUGAAAUAAAUGUGCUUGUAUGAAUUGAAUGAAUGUCAGGGGUACGCCAAAUAAAAAUGAAUCUUUUUUUUU